AUGUUCAUUAUAAACUCCAAAGAGGAAAUCAUUUAUCACACUGAACAUGCAUCUCUUACAACAGGAGCUGUCGAUUACGAGACCCUCAUUCAUUACACUCAAUAUUUAAAAUCCUCUUUGAUACAAUUUUCGAGGAAUAUCAACAAUGACAAAACCUCUUCUUAUUACUCAACGCAUAUCAAAGGGUCACAAACAAUUUUUUCACUGUACACUUUAGAAAUAGGAUAUGAUGUGGCCUUUUACACACGAUUACCAUCUGAACUUCAUGUGUUCGGCAUUAAUUUAGCUGAAAUCGACAAUAGCAUGAUGUCUAUUCUCACCGACAUUACCAAUGCCAUUGACUAUCUCAAUAAUGAAUGA